GAUGACGUCCCUGGUGGUGGAGUGCAGCUCGAGGCGGACAAACGUCUCAAACCGCCGCCGCCGCCUCCCGAGCGCAGCCUCCAGCUUCCAAUGAAUCAGAAUGUCAAAAGUGAGGCGGAAGGUUACUGUUGAAAAUUCAAAGACCAUUUCUGAGAGCACGUCUCGUAGACCCAGUGUGUUUGAAAGGCUUGGGCCUAGCACAGGGCCAAGUGCUGAGACACAAUGCCGUAAUUGGCUGAAAACUGGACACUGUCCUUAUGGAAACACUUGUAGGUUCACACAUGGGACCUCACCUAGAGGUAAAGGAUACAGCAGCACGUACAGAAGAUCUCCAGAAAGGCCAACUGGUGAUCUACGUGAGAGAAUGAAGAACAAACGACAAGAUGUGGAAACUGAGCCACAGAAAAGAACUCAGGACGAGUCUUCAUCUCCAGCGAGGAGGGAUACUUCAAGAAGCAGGCAUCGAGAAAAAGAUCCUAAUCUGAAAAUUACAAAGGAGCGCACCCCAGAAAGUGAAGAAGAGCCAGUCGAAUGGGAAGCCGGCAGGGAUGCCUGUCUUAACAGCCAAAGGAAAAGGCCAAAUUCAGACUCUGAUAAUGGAGAUGUAAACUAUGAUUAUGAUCAUGAAUUGUCCCUUGAAAUGAAGCGGCAGAAAAUACAGAGGGAAUUAAUGAAACUUGAACAGGAAAAUAUGGAAAAAAGAGAGGAAAUAGUCAUUAAGAAGGAGAUUUCUCCAGAGCCUGUAAGAAGUAAACGCUCUCCAUCUCCAAGAAAGCCAAGCAGAUCUCCCAAGCAUAAAACAAGCCCAAAAGUGUCUUCCUCUGGUAAGAAGGACAAAAAAGGAUUAAGAUUGUCAUCUCCAAUAGGAGAACAACAGAGGAGAUCUUCUAAAGUGGUUCAGAGUAAAAAGAAAGGGCCGCGUACUCCAAGCCCACCACCGCCUCUUCAUGAAGAGAUUUCAGUAGCUAAAAAGCACAAGGAAAAGCAGAGGACAAAAGAACGAACUGAAGAAAAACCAAGAGAGAGUAGAGAAAGAGGAAGAGACGUAGAAAGGCAUAAAGAGAAAAAAGAAAAACAUAGGUCGCCCUCUUCCCAGAGACAACAUCAAACUCCCACAGUAUCUAGACCACACUCUCCUUCCUCUCGGUCAGGAUCACCUGGAUUGAGACGAUCACCUUCACCACGUCACAAAAGAUCCACUUCACCAUCUUACCAACGUACAGCAUCUCCUCGAAGACGUUCCCCUUCGCCAUACAAUGCACGUUUAUCUCCUCAGAGAAAGCAGAGCCCAGUGAGGCGCAGGUCUUCUGGCAGAGAAAAGAGCAAACAUGAACUUGAAAAAACUCCAGUGCAAGAGCGCCACCAGAGGAAAGAAGACAGCAGAGGAAAACGGGAAAGAGACAAAGAGACCAAGGAUAGUCGAGAGCAACGGGAUUAUGAUCUGGACCAGAAUACUGCACAAGAAAGAGAUGUGAGGGAACACCGGGAAACCCGUGAUCCCAGAGAGGGUCGAGACCGCAAAGAUGCUAGAGACAACAAUGAACGUAGAGAGCACAGGGAAUCUCGUGAGCUUCGUGAUAACAGAGACACUCGAGAUUACAGGGACAACAAAGAUUCACGAGAUCUCAGAGAGACGCGUUCUGGGCGAGAUGCUCAUGACUAUAGAGAAAGUAGAGAGUCUCAUCGGAAAGACGAGCAAUACGAAGAACGCAACUAUAGCCGAAGCCAUGGCAGAGAUGAAAGCUCCCGCACCGACAUUAGGAAUGAAACCCGAACUGAAUCGAGGAAUGAGCGGACCAGGGACAGAGGGAGAGGGCCAGACUUAACUGAAAAGGGGAGCCGUGGAACUGCCAGGGGGAAUCAGUUUGACAGUCAUGGCACCGCCAGCAGUUACCAUGAAACGUGGGAUACAAGAAGUAGUUACUCGGAAAGAGAUCGAUAUGAUCGAGACCAAACCAGAGAUGCUUCUUUCGACAGACGUGGUCAUGCAGAAAGAGACAGACGUGAAAACCGAGAUCGUGAAAGGGACCACAGACCUAGUUCUCCAACAAGGCAUCAAGGGCGGACUGAUGACCAUGACCAUGAGGAAAGAAAAGAUGAACGAAGAACAGAUCGAGAGGAGAGGAGGGAUGAGAGAGUCAGGGAACGAGAACGUGAAAGGGAUCGUGAGAAAGAUCGGGAACGGGAACGAGAAAAGGAAAGGGAGUUAGAUCGAGAAAGAGAGAGAGAAAGAGUCCGUGAACGAGAUCGAGACAAAGAACGAGAAAGAGACAAAGAGAGAGAGAGAGAACGGGAGCGGGAAAGGGACAGAGAUCGAGAAAGAGAGAGGGACAGAGAUAAAGAGAGGGAGAGGGAAAGAGUUAAAGAGAGGGAUAGGGAAAAAGAGAAACAAAAAGACUGGGAUGAGAAAGAUAAAGGAAGAGACGAACGCAAAGAUAAAAAGGAUGACCAAAGAGAAGAACGAGAUUUGAGAGAAGUUCAUGGAGAAAGAAAAUCAAGAAAACGACCUCGAAAUGGAAGCAGCCUUAGUCCAUCUGAAAAGCAUGCCCGUGAGGAAUCUCCUGAUAGUGAUACCUACAACAGUAGUGAGGAGAAAAAUGAAAAGCACCGGUUGUUAAGUCAGGUUGUGCGGCCACAAGACUCUCGUUCUCUGAGUCCUGCACGUCUGCCGGAAGAAAGACCAAGCAUUUGGAAAGAAGAUGACAGAAAAGCGGACAAAAAGGAAAGUACAAGGAGGGGUGAAGAGCGUGAGUACAGGGAAAAGGUUCCUUCAGGAGACAAGCAAAGAGAACGUGUGGCAGAUACUGUUGAGACUUCACGGAGCAAAGAAUUGGACAGCACUGUUCACCAUGUACCUGAGGAAAAAGAAGGAUCUGCAGGAGUGCAUGAACAUGGCAAGAAAAAGAUGAAAGGACUGCGAAAAUCUCAAAAGAAAAACAAAAGAGAUGAAGACUAUGUGUUGGAAAGAUUGAAUCCAGAUCCUCCGUUACCGAUUUUAAUUUUGUCACCCAAAAAACUUCCAAAGAAGAAAAAUGCUGAUAAAAAGCGGAAACGUUCCAAAGGUGACUCUGAAUCCUCUGACGAGGAAGUGGCCCAGCUAGCUAAAAGGUGGAAAGGUCCCCGAACUCCACCUGUGACAGUGAAGGAAGAAGCUGUGGUGGUAGUAGUACCUGAAAAGAGCAUUGAACCAACUCCACCAGCAGCAGCUGAUGUAGUUUUCAGUGACUGGUCAGAUGAAGAUGUGCCAGAUCGCAAUGAGAAUAUUAUUGCUGACAAGAGUUUGGAUGAAGCUCGGAAAAAAGGACACAGAAACAAAGUGGAGAAAUUGGAGCCUAUCAUCAUAGUGGAGGAACGACCACGUAAAACUGCCGACCACAAAAGAAGCAGCAGCCUUGGUAGCAAUCGAAGUCGGACCUCAAGCCGUUUACGAUCUCCAUCCAAUGAGUCUGCACAUCGCAGUGGAGAUGAUCAAAGUGGCGCAAGGAGACUACACAGUAAUACUACCAGAAAUGGGCAAAAGAAUAGAAGUAUCGAUUCCGGUGAACGAAAAUCCCGAAUAGAUCAGCUAAAACGUGGCGAGCCCAGUCGCAGUACAUCUUCAGAUCGUCAAGAUUCAAGAAGUCAUAGUUCUAGAAGAAGCUCACCUGAAUCUGAUAGACAGGGACAUUCCAGGGCUGGGUCCUUUGAGAGCAGAGAAAAGCUUCAGGAGCGUGAAAAUGAGCGAGACCUAGAAAGACGAGAGAGAAGAGAUUGGGAGCGGGAUGGGGAGCACCGAGAAUGGGUUAAGAACAGAGACAGAAAUAGAGACCGAAGGCGAGAGGCCAUCAAGGAGAGAGAGAAACCAGCAAUUGAAGUACCUGAAAAAGACAGAGAACGAACCAUGGAAGCUCCCUCCAUAUUGGAACAUCCCAAACUUGAACCAAGACCAGGAAGAGAACCAGAGAGACAGUCUGAACAAGUUGAAACUGAAGCUAUACCAGUGAGCUCUGGAAAAGAUCUGAAGGAACUAGAGAAGGAGGAAGAAAAUGAAGAGGUACAAGCUGAUGAGCCAGCUGAUAGCAUUGAAGGUGAGCAUUAUGGGAAAAUGGAUGAUACGCAGUCGUCUGUCUCUGGUCCAUGUGAAGAAUAUGAACCAAUUAGUGAUGAUGAAUUGGACGAAAUACUGGCAGACGAUGCAGAAAAAAGGGAAGAGAACCCAGAUGACGAGAAACUAGCAGAUCCCAUAGAUGUGAUUGAUGUGGAUUGGUCAAGCCUGAUGCCCAAACAGCAUAAAGAGCCCAGGGCCCCUGGAGCAGCAUUGUUGAAGUUCACUCCUGGUGCAGUACUGCUACGAGCUGGCAUUUCCAAACGCUUAGCUGGGGCAGAAUUGUUUGCAAAGGUGAAUGAGACUUGCCAAGCAGUUAUCAACAACACUAAAGAUACAGAUAACCUUUUUGAACAUGAGCUUGGAGCUCUCAACAUGGCUGCUGUGCAGAGAAAGGAAGAGAGAGCAAGCCUUCUCAGUAACUUGGGACCCUGUUGUAAAGCACUUUGCUCCCGCAGAGAUCUCGCCAUUCGAAAACAGUUAGUAAGAAACGAAAAAGGUACAACUAAGCAAAUAUAUACAAACCAACCAGUUGUGGACAACGAGCUUCUACGAUCAAGCCUUCGGUUAUUCAAACGCAAGGCCAUGUGUCAUGGAUCUGGACAGGAGAAAAGUGAAGACGCCAAGAUUUCACGACCAAAAGUUAAACAGGAAGUUUGUGUUACAUAGUUUUUUGGCAGUAUCAUGGAUUGAUUUUGAAUCUGUAUAUAAAGACUUUGAGUUUAGACCUGAACAGUUGAACAAAAGAAUACCACUUUCUAUUUACGGCCUUGACCCUUUUGGCCUAUGGUGGUCAUAUUUAAUGUUCCAGCUUUGAAGAGUAUUUGUUUUAGGAGUUCAGAGUACCUUUUUAGAUGCUGUUCUAUGUACUGUGGAAGUGCCAAGUUUCAUUUUUGCAGUACAGACCUGAAGCCUUUAAUAAAACCUAGACAGCUUUAUGCUAUUUUUCUGUUGUAAGCGUUUUUCUUGUUUAGAAUUGUGCAAGAAAAGAUUAAUAGAAAUUGUGAAAUCAUCAAAUCAUUUUCUAUCUUGUGUAUUGCCCCAUUGAUGUUUAAUGCUCCUGGAAUUGGUAGUAUUUAGAAAGGUGAGCGAUCUGUAAAAAGUGUUAAAUCUGUGUAUUAAAUAUUUGGCACUGCAAUUUAAAGUUUGUUUUCAUCCAGAA